AUGAAAGACAUGAAAAGGAAUUUGAAGAAGGGGACGUUUCCAACCAUUUGGAAAAAAUCCUCUCAAACACUAUCAAAGCGGAGUCGACGAUCGGUGAGUGAAAUUACAAUGUAUUUGCGCUGUGCUUAUCACCAUUAUAUUUAUUUCCCCAUUUACCUGUGACAUGAUUUUUUCUGGCAUCGUUGUUCAAUAUUCGUGUAAUGAAUGCUCUGACUAUUUGGACUUCCCAUAUUGUUGCAUGUGUUUUCAUACUUUUCUGCUUUCUUCUCAUAGUUAUAGUAAAACGGGCAUUUGCGCUGAGUGGACGUGAAGUCAAUUCCCCAAUUCCCAGACCUUUCCACUCAAGCGUAAAAUUUAGAAAAAGUGAAGCUACAUAGAAAUCCGGCUCUCUAUUUUUUGAGAGAUUAUCUUGCUGUUACUUUGAGAUUUGACAGUACUCCAAACUUCCCUCCAAGAAAUCUUACAGCAAAUUAAGAGUUACACGCGAGUCUUUUAAAACGACCAAAAAUGGACUUAGUCUGAUUUCUACAUUCUAUAAGUUCAGUUACUGUUUGGGGUUUUUUUUUCGUUUGUAUUUUAAUUCUAUUUUCACUGUCUGCAAAUGAUGCAUACAUUUUAAGGCAAAGAUGUGGUUAAACCUUGCUUCCAUUUCUAGUUUUGAAAACAUCGACAUAAAGCUCAAAUUUAAACUUGUUUUGAAGGGGAGAUAUAAAAAAUGGUCGUACCUAUUUUCAUUUUUAGCUACUAAAUGAAAUUCUGGCUGGUCAAACUACUAAUGAGGAUACAGAGGAAGAAGACAAUCCUGAAGAAGAGGUGAUCUCUUUGAAAGGAAGUUCUGCACCUGAGGAGAGUGCUGACACUAUGGGGGCUCCCAAUCUCAACCCUGAGGAGUCUCCAGAAGUCGAGGGUGUUCUGAAUACAAGUCAGGGUUCUUUGCUUGAGGUAAAUCCUGAAAAGGAGGGCUGCAUCCCUGAGACUGAGACGGGUGAGAUAAGUGUUGAUGCUGAGAUGGCUUCAGAGGUCCUAGGUACUCCUGGUGAUAAGACAGCUCUCGAGACCCAAGGGAUUUCAGGCACUGAUGAGGUUACUGAGACCAUGCAGAUCCUGGAGGCUCAGGGAAUCGAAAAAGUGCAGGAUAUGGAUGAAGUUAUGCAGAUUGAUGAAUCAUUAACGAUUCCUGAACUUGAACAGGUUUCUAUGGUAGGCGCAUAACUCUAAUUAAUGUUUAUUUGCAUCUUUGUAUUAUCAUAACAAUGGGAAACUACAUGUGCAGUUAUUUUACAACAAUACUAAAACACAAAAAUUCUAAAGUCUUGUUAUUACAGCCUGUAUUAAUGUUGAAAGUUUGUUUUUUGUAGGAUACUCCAACUGGACAUGCUGGGAAUUGCACAACAUGCAAAACCCUGAGGAGUGAGGUGACUCAGUUAAGGGGCAAAGUCACAAGACUGAAGAGUAAGUUAAUCUCCAAUCAAGAUCAGUGGGUUGAAACCUUUAAGAGCAUACAAGAGCCGAAGCAGUUGCUGAUGGUGAAUGCUGGUGAGUCAACAAUAAUUGAUGUUGAUGAGUCAUAUAGGCAUAACUGCCUAUCUUUAUAUUUUUAUUAUAUUUUAUCAAUAUUUGAUUAUUUAAUAAUAAUUAAAAUUUUAAUAGUGAUAGAAUUUUUUUAAUUCCAUUUGUUUAAGCUAUUCAAACUGAUCCAUGGCCAGUAACAAAUGAGACAGAGUUAGGGCUAGAGGAUGAAUCAGAAGAUGAGCAGGAAAUGCAGGACGACGUGUAUGAGGAGUUUGAGUGUGAUGAAGACCCUACAUGGAGUCCUGAAGAAAUCGAAGAUGCAUAUAAAAUACUAAAGGAAGAUGAUGACUCGGUGAAGACUCAUCAGAACCCAAGGUACAAAGAUGCAAAAUUUAUUGCAUUUUAACAUCUUAGCUCUAAGUAUCCUCUGGGAAGUGAUUUAGGCCUAAAACUAACUUCCAGUAUGAAAGGAUCUAUUUAGAAACAAGAGUACAUGAAAUUUGUUUUUUAAUUUACUCAGAUAAGAAUUGAAAAAAAAAAGAAAAGAAGAAGAAGAAGAGGCAUAGCCAGCCCAUAGACUGGAAGUCCCAGGCCUUAAAAUGUUUGGUUUGUCCACUCAACCAUUUGUAAUAAAUUAUGCAUCGUUGGGGUGGGCUAGAUACCUUAAGGGCUCAAAAUUGUCAUGUGUGCAAUCAACAGAAUUAUUAUAAAAAAGCAUUUUUCAGGAUGUAUGUGAGAAUAAAAUCCCAACCCACAAUUAGCCAGGUUUACAACAAGUUGAAAAACUGGCAACACCCUGAGAAAAACAAUAAAAAUGAUAAUCAUUUUUUUAUUGUUAUUUUAUUAUUUCAGAUGCUAUGAUUAAAUGAGUAUUUCCUUUCAAUCAUUUUUUACAGGUUGGAUCUACAAGGAAAAAACAUUCGAGAGGAACCGAAGGGAAUUGUUUUCCUUUCCAAACUUCUUCUUUUGUUUCAGUUCUGCCACUUGUGCUUCUUUUCAAAACCCAAACUUUCUGUAUCACAGACAGGUACCUUGUUAACCGUAGAAAGUUUCUGCAGAAACUGUAGCCAGACAAAAGUCUGGAAGAGUCAACUAGACCUGCUAGGAAAGUUUCCAGCGGGUAACCUGCUAUUAAGUCUUGCAGUGCUCUAUGAGCCGUGUAAAAAGAAAGAAAUGAUACAUUAA